GUGAGAUUAUAGACGUAUUUUAAACUGCUACGCGUUACCAAGCAAAUAAUAUUGGUUUCAUUAAAUGUUGAAGAAAAUACAAAAUAGAAAACAAAAAUCAAAUGAAUAAAUUCAUACCCGCGAUAAGGCAAUUUAGAAUUUAAUUAUAGUAAAAAAAGUACGUGCGAGAACGUCCGAAAAUGUUUCAUUGGAUUCAAGCAAAAAUUUACGUUGAGAUUUAAAAAUGUGUUUUUCAUACGAUUGAAAAAAAUUCUAUUCCAAAUUUCAUCCAUUGCCAUCAAAUCGACAGCGGCAAGCCAGCAAAAGACGUAGGCGCAGCAACAACAAUUGAAAUUUAACCAACAAAUUGAACUAAAGUAAAUGCUGAAAAUUAACAACAACAACAAGAGAAUAAUUAUAAAAAUGAUCUAUAAAAUAAUAUAAAAUGUGUGUGAAAAACUUGACCACAUUUGUUAGUGUAAAAUUUCGUGCAAAAAAUUAUAUUUGUGUGUCUGCGUGCAAGAAAAAAAUUAUUGUUCUGUAAAAAGUGAACCGUCUAAAACGACAAAGCGAUUCCGAAAACCAACAUACGACGAUUCACCAUUUAAAUCAAACUAAUCUACUAACUAACCUAAAAUUACUUAAAACUAAAAAGUGCUACGACAUCGCAACCAUGACUGAGGAGAACAACAACAACAACAACAACAACAACACUAUUAAAAACAAUCAUAACAACACAAACAGCCAAAAGCUGGAUGGCACAGGUGGCGGCGUCAGUGUCGACGAUCGCCUUGGUGAGACCUGCACAGAUGCCGUUACCAUAAAAUUCCACACAGAUUUGGAAGUCAAGAAAAAACUCGUGCCCACUCUGACCAUUAAUUCCGAUACCGAGGAGGGUUUUCUUUCCACCUCGCCGGACAGUAAUAACGGUGAGCAACUGCCGCAUAAUAAAUGCAACAGCGCCAGCGUUACACUAACAGCCGAGUCCACAAUGGCCGCGCCGAUGCCACCGCCCGUGUGCCUCUGCACGAAUCCGGAGAGUUGUGUCACGUUGAAAAACAUUUUGGAUUCCUUCAAGUCACCACUCUCCGAAGAGCAGGCCUGGGCGCUGUUACACCAAUUCAUGCUGCUCUAUCGGCGUGUGGCUGCCACUGGGCAGAGACAUAUUUUCAACGAUCUGGAAAUACCAGAUGGCAUUGAGAAUUUGAAUUUACAUCGCGACGGUGCAGUGCAUUGCUCGUGGGCGGAUGAGGAGCGCAAAGUGAAGGAGCAGAAAAUGCAGAGAGAAAAGGUGCUACAACAGCGGCAGGACAAAGAGUCCGGCAAGGAGGAGGCGAAUGCGGAGCCACAAGGUGAUGAUAAUCAUAUAUUUCUGGUGGCUUCGCACAAAAAGAUCCUUCGCAAAGUCGCAGUGAUUGUGUACACAGCUUUGGAUUACAACUUGGCAGUGGAUGAACAGUGUCAAAUGUCACAUGAACUGGAGGAGCUGAUCACAUACAUGACAGCAGAAGAAAACGAUGAUGACUGCAUCGAUGAGGGCAUUGAUGAGGGCCACCAACGUUGGGAUGACGAAGGCGAUGAUGAGAAAUGGAAUGAAACCAAAGAAUUUGAUUUUGUGCUUGAGGCCUGCAAAAAUCAUGUUAAACCCACUGUACCUGAGGAGCAUUACAAAGCGGUCUGUCGCGCGCUGGUGACUGAAGCAAUCGAGUUGCGAAUAUUCCUGCAACAGGUCUUGAAUGACGGUGCCGACAAUCUCCAUUUGGAAGCCGAUUCACAAACAUCCAAACAGGAAUUAGCCAAACUAGGCUUCAACGAUUGGGCACGCUUCUGGGUGCAGGUGAUCGAUGAGCUCCGACGUGGCGUUCGUCUGAAGAAGAACAACUACUCUCGCACACCAAUCGAGUACGAAUUGACGCCCUACGAGAUUCUCAUGGAGGAUAUACGAACAAAAAAGUACCAACUGCGCAAGGUAAUGGUGAAUGGCGAUAUUCCGCCGCGCGUGAAGAAAGAUGCCCACGCUUUGAUACUGGAGUUCAUCAGGUCACGGCCGCCACUCAAAAAGGCGUCCGAACGUCAGCUUCCGCCACCCAUCAAACGCACACCAUCGCCACGCGAACAACUCAUGGACUCGAUACGAAAAGGACAAACACUGAAGCACAUACAGCCCCCAACACAGCCACGACUCAAGGAUCGAUUGCUCCCACCAACCACAACGCUAAUGACGACAACAACGCCAGCAACCACAGCAACAGCACUAAUCAAUUCAUCAGCUGUAACAUCAAAAACAACAGCAGCAGCAGCGACAACAACAGCGCCAAUGGAACAUGCAACAGUGAAUGCACUGAAAUUGGCUGAGAACAUGGAACCACACACAACGCCGCGCUCCAAGCAGCGGCUAAUCAAAGUGGAUUUCUCGCUGUUGCAGGAUGAUGACAAUUUCUUUGAUGAGCCAACGUCAACUGUCAGAUAUGCCAACUGCAAUUCGGCCCACGUCGGUGUCUGCUCGCAGCCGCAAAUGCCUCCCUACCCGAUUGGCGGCUACAUGACGAUGGGUGGCGGCUAUGGUGGAGCCGUGAGCGGUGUAACUAAUCCGAAUAUUAAAAGCCAUGGACCCACAGCACAGCUGCCGUCAGCGCUAACUACAAGGGUGCUACGCCGAACAAAGGACUCGUACACUGAGGAUGAGUACCAUAGGUUCUUCGACAACGCGCUGGAAUCCUACGACCUCGCCACCCAAUGCGAGUCGCGACGCGCCUCUCUACGCCGCCAUACUAUUGUCGGCUGCCAGAGCAAUUUCGAUGAGACUCACUCGAUGCCACCAUCGAGACCCGAAUCGCGCCAGUCAGAUGUGAGUUCUGUUGCUAGACCCGUUGGUGGCGUUAAUGCGGUUGCAGGCACAACUAAACAGGUACACAACAACUACAACCAGAUGCAGCAGCAGCAGCAACUAAAGCAUUCCCAAAGCCCCAGCGCAGGCUGUCAUGAAAUGAGUGGCGGUGUGAGCGGCGCUGAAAGCAGCAAUUGCAGCCGUUCCUCAUCCUCGGUUGGCCCAUGGAGCAAGUCCUUUCUCGAUGAGAAAAUCUGGAUCGACCGGGGUGACGAUCGUCUCUCGCUGACGCUGGAGGAGAUCGUGCACAUACGUUCGGUGAUGACGAAAGCCGAACUGGAAGGACUGCCCGUGGGUGUGCGUGUCAAGGAGGAUGUCGAAAAGCGCAAAGUCUGCUUCCUAUGCCUGCGUACACGUUUCUCCAUCUUCGGCCCGUGGGGCAUACAAUGCAAAUUGUGUCAACGCACUGUCUGCUCCAAAUGCUAUACCAAGAUGAGAAUACCAACGGAGCAUUUCCGCAAUGUGCCGCUUGUGCUGAUUUCGCCCUCAUUGCUCGCCAGUCCCGCCGGCUCGAGCACGCCAUCACCAUCACAUCACGCCCACCACACGCACUCGUCCUCAACAGGCAACAUCUUGGACGAGACGUUUCCGAAAUCGUUAAUUGAGCGUCUGUUGCGUUCCGAGUCAGAGCGUAAGACUCGCAACACUGUGGGCAGCGCUCCAUCAUCACCCAAACACCAAAGAUCCAACAUGAGUACACCCGGUACGACACACAUUGUGGCCGCCAGACCGGGCACCUGCGCGACCGGACAAGCCAUCGAGGCUGACGAUGCUUCCGCAAUGACAUCUUCUUACAACAGCAACCUGGCAAACGGCGGUCACAGCAACAUGCACGCCAACAACACCAAACACAUCAAUAUCAUGUCACGCAGCAUGGAAGGACCGCGCAGCUUGCCAGCCAACAGUCCUGCGCGCGCGCACUCCAACAGCAGCACCUUGGACCGGAAAACCAAAUUUUCGCGCACCUUCACGCUAUCCUCCUCGGGUACCCAACUAAGUCAGGACCAGAAGGAGAACAUGCGCGGCGAGCUCGUCACCGUUUGCAAUGACUGCAAGGGACUUGUCAUGGAAAUCACGCGCUCUUCCAAACAGACACGCUCCUCGGCGCGCAAUCGUGCGCUACAAAAUCUCACGCUAGACCUCUCGCCAGUCUACAAAUGAAAGAGCAACCAAAAAACAGAAUACGGAAUACGGAAAGGCAGUGACUAGAGAAAACAGCAGCAGGGCGGGUGUGCAUCAGUGCGCGGCUGGAAAAGGACACUGUGGACGCUGUGGAAGGGAUUGAAUGAAUUGUAGGCUGCUUGAUUGUUGAGUCGGCUCGAUUAGUGGCAUGAAUUAACUUAACCACACUUCCAACUCACUCUUCCCCAGAUAAGCGUAAUUUUACAUACCUAAGCAAGCGAACACAUUUUGCACCAACGGCGACUCGUCAGCGUCGGCGAGUCGAAAAGUGUGGGCCACUAUUUGUAAAUAAACAACAACUAAACAAUUAAUUGAAAUAAUUGCAAUGUAUGAAUUUGGUUUUUAAACAAAAACAAAACAAAAAACUGAAGGAAACCCCAAGUGUUGAAACGAACUUUGCUGAUUCUAACGAUAAUUAACUGUAAUUAUUAAGUUCCGAGAAUGCACCCCACCAUUACAUUGUAAAGAGAAAAUAUUAAUAUUUUGAAAUAUGUAUGUAUGUAUGUGUAGCUCUGUGCAGUUGCGGCACCACCAGUUGAUUAUUUGCGUUUGCGUUUGCGUUUGCCGUCAGGCGAUUUUGCAGUAAGCGCGCGGAGAAGCAGCUGGAAGUUGAAGAAAGGCCAUAGCAACGGGGCGCUGAUGCUUGUAAAGUUUACACGAUUUCCUUCACUUUUAAUUUAUGAAUAUUAACUGUUUAGCGCGAAAAUUUUUCGUAAAUAUGCUUUAAAGUUUGAUAUGGUCAACCAAUUUUUGUCUUUUUUAGUACAUUUUAUUUAUGCAUUCGAUUUCAUUUGCUUUCUUCUGAAGAUUUCUUAACUGUUUUAUUUGUUGGAAUUGAAACGCGGCGCGCUGGAAGAUUUCAUAUUUCGUUUAAGGCCAUGUUUUUUUUUUUUUAAUAUUCCUACUCUUUAUUAUUAUAUUUUACGCGCGAUUUUCAUUGGCCCUGAUUGUGGUGGUGUGAGAAUCGUACAAAGAGAAAUUAAAAUGUUUGAUAUGUUUUGCUCGGACUCGCUCUUUCCUUUGUCUGCAGAAGAGAAAGUUAUAUUUAACAUUUUUUCAUAUUUUUCAUAUUUUCAUUUAUUUGUUAGUUUUUUUUUUGUUUUGUUUGUUUUGUUUUGUUUUUUUUUUUUUUUGACAUGACAUCUGCUGUUUCAUGCAUACCCUAAUGCUAAUACAUAUUUUGUACACACGUGAUAAUGCUACGAACACUUACCGAUUAAUGUAUCUGUUAAAAUUUAGUUUUAAACGCAACGAAAAGGUAAACACUUACUUUUUUCACAAUUAAUUGAUUUAUAAUAUAGUUUGUAUGUACUGUACAGCUAAAGCAUUGUAUUAAUUUAUUGCGCUGCGCUGGUUAGUGACAGCAACGGACGAAUGUCGCUCUUACUAUUAACAUAAACAUAUUUAUACAUAACAUAGCAUAAUAAAACAUAGCAUAACAUAACAUAGCAAAACAUAACAUAACAUAGCAUACAGAAAAUACAUGCAUACAUACAUACGCUUUAGUUUAAUAAGACACAUAUACCUACGUACAUUUAUUUUGUGAAAUCGCUUAAUUUUAGUUGUUAAUUGCAUUCUUAUUGGUAUUAACCCUGUUUUUGAUUAUACUUUUUGUUUUGUUUUCGAGUGCAGUUUUAUGUUUUAAGUUUCGAUUUAGGUUUGUAAACAAGCACAUACACGACUUGAAAAAAACAUUACAAAUAUAUGAAAACAUUAGUAGUUAACAAAGAAACAAAAAUUAUUAUACAAUAAAAACCCAUCAUAAAAUGCUAAUAAGCCACAAAUGUACAAAGAACAAAUUAAGAAGAAGAAGAAAUGUAUAGGAAUACGAAAUUCUCAAAGCUUGUUUCGGAAAUAGCAAAUGAGUUUACUUCAAACAAAAGCGCGCAGCUCUUCACUUAACAGUGAGAAUCUGGAAAUGCAUAUGUAUAUGUGCAAACAUACAUACACACACAUGCAUGUAUCCAUGUAAAUGCGCGCUUCGUACUUUUUUGAACACCUUCAACUUAACGCAAGCAAUCGCUUGCCGAAAUGUUUGUUUUCAAAACAGAGUUUCUUCUAUUUCGCUCCUUUUCGCACGCACUAAAGCGUUGAGCUUUUCGUUACUACAUCCGAAGCAAGUUUUCGACAUUGAGUAGGUUCUGCAUCAAAAAUCAAGAAAAUAUUAAUUAUUGUAUCUACACUUAACUGCAAGUUAUCCAAAUGUUAAACAACAAAUGAGAAAAAUAAUAAUAUAAUAUAAACUACUUACAAAAACAACAAAUACAUGCAUAGUUGUAUUUCAGCGGACAGUAGGUGCAGGGGGUGCAUAUGUACAGACUUAACUGUGCUGGAAAAAUAUAUCAAAUCAAAAGAAGUUCCACUUGUGCGCUAUUAACGCAUUUAUUAUUUAAACACAUUCACAUACAUAUGCACCGACAGGCGUCAAGCACACAUACAAACAGAUGUACUUGUAUACAAAAUGGUGUUUUAAUUAUUUUAUAGAACAUCUCCUUGAGUUAAGUGUUUAAAAAAGCAGCAGCACCAAAAUAAAUUAAAUUUAAAUAAACAUAAAUAAAAUCAAAUAUAAUAACAGAAA